AUGUCUUCAUUCUCCCUAAGUGUUAGUACAAGCAGUAGUGAGGGGAAUCCUGUGAAACGAAUUAUUCGAGACAAUCGACCUGGUUUAUUCGAUGGUAUGGUGUUUUAUGUACAUGAAUAUAAGAGAGAUUAUAGAGGUGAAGGGUAUCGUGAGAAACAGGCUGUGUGCGAUAUCAUUAUAAACGGAGGUGAUAUAGUUUCUUCACCUACCGAUCCAACAGUGACACAUAUACUAGUACCGCCGGACAAAGAAUCGAAAAACCGAGAUUUCAAUGAGAACAGCAUAAUCAACAUCAAUAUCAAUACGACCCCAUUCAGAACGCUGACUCGUUAUAAAGAUUAUAUUUACUGGAAUACGAGUAAUCAAGAUCAAAUGCAAGAUCAGAGCGAAAAUGAAAAUGAAAAACAAAAACAAAAACAAGAAUUCAGGUUGAAAAUGCUGGGAUGUGUAAAUAGCACUAAAGAUGGUUGGGAUGUACCGAAUUUAGUUUUAUUCUUCAGUGAAAAUAUAAAUAGUAAUUAUAAUCCUAAUGCUGAAGGAUGUCAAGAAGAUAUGAUUUUUCAAAAAGUGAUAAAACCUGUUUUGAGAUUUUCAUGGAUUGGUAAAUGUAUGAAGGAAGGAGAGAUCUUAAAUGAGGAUUACGAUUGGGCAGGUCAGAUAUUACGCGGAAGGAUUCUACCCGAGAAUUGUCAUGCGUCUUUACACAAAAUUCGAUCGAUUGCGAUACAAGCUAUUGAGAUGAGUGGGAAAAACCUUUCGAGGGAACAUCGUAAUUUCGCCAAAUCGAUAGCUACAGGAUCAUCAACAUCUCUUCCUCCCGGUUUCCAAUUUCGAUCUGCUCCGACUGGUACUGCAGAUUGGGCUUUACCGCCAUCUUGGAAUGCCUACAAUCCACCGAGCCACUUCACGUCAAAUAACCAAAUCCCAUCACCUGUACUCAGUAGACCGAAUAGGUGGUCAAAUCUGAAUAAAUCUUUAACGUUACGUUCGCGAAGUGCCGUUCCAGAUGAGCCGACUCCCGAAGUAAUUGUGAUUGAAGACCUUCCUCAGACUGUCAAUAUCCCAAUGACGCCUGUGUCCAAUAGAGAUUCGGUGGAGAUAGAACCUAUAAUGACACAACAUGCCAUUGCACUGGAUCCCAGAAAGAAGGUAUACCCAACGGCGACCAUAACUCAUGAGACUGGCACCAACGUUCCCAUGAUACAGAGACUAUCCCAUACGCCGCCUGCCAUACCGAGCCCAUCUCCUUCACCUCCCUCGCAGUCAAACGUUUCCGCUGACUCAACAUCAUCUCGUGGCAGCUCUUCAAACUUUAAUAGGGCCAACCAGUCCUCUGUUGAACCUGGAAAAUUGUUCGUUACUGGAGGCAAACCAAUGACGUUCUUUGUACAUGGUGACAAUUUCGCCACAGAGUUCUGUAUCAAGAGCGGCGGCGGCCUUAUCUUUCCCAUAGACUAUGCUCACUAUAUCAUAAUCAAUCGACAAUACCACAAAGCUCAACUUACGACAGAAGAGCAAUCGUGUGUAGAUAAACUGAAUCUACAGGCAUUCCAGACUGUGUUGUCAUCUAAAUGGGUAGAAGAGAGUAUGAAGGACGGAUCUCUAGCAGAUGAAGAUUCAUACAAGAUCUCGCACGAAGUACGGAUUGACGACGAUACAUCACAAGCUGAGCACGGAGACAAUAGGCAAAUCGACCACAAUGGCCUUCAAAUAGAGGAUACUGUCAGAGAUGAUGACGUCGAUGACGAUGAUAGCGUAGUCUUCGUCAGUGAUUAUACGCCCGUUCUGGCGCUGUUACCCGUAUCGCUGGCCCAGAGCUCUUUGCCUUCACCAAAGCCUUCUGUCACGUCAAUAUCUGAUACACGGGAACCAAAUGGUAGAAAACGAAAAAUGAAUAGCCACACUGUCACUUCGUCCAACGUCCACGCCAGACGUGUCUGCUCAGACCCCACGUCAGAUUUCAGCCGCUCAAACGAGCUCUCAGCACAGAGCUCCACUACGCCGGCGACGAAUCAGCUGAACAUCCGAUCAAAGUCUGAACAAAGAGCGAACGCAAUCAAAAAAGCUAAAGAGGUGGACGAUUUGUUGGCUCUCCUGGUGUCAGAACUAAGACUAUGGGAUCCCAAAAAUUGUACACGGGCAAAGUUUCUAAGGACUUUACGUCAUAAACAUACUCAACGAGAUUGGGCAAAGUUCUUUACCAGACAUGAAUCUAAAUUGAGGAGGAAAUUCCGAGAUCUAGGACUCAAAUUUCCGGGAUCAGACGAUCACAUGGAGGUUGAUGUAGAGGAUGAAAGUGAUGAUGAUGAUGAUGAUGACUUGGACUUCUUGGUUAGCGACGACGAUAAUGAUACAGACAGUGAAUAUCAGGAAUAA